CGAGAAAUCCUACUAACUCAAACCUAUCGCAUUCUCAAACUCACUCAGAUACAUCAUUCUACAUCCUCUUGAUUUUUAGCAUUUGGAAAUCAUAGAUCCGAUUCUGGAUAAUUUUUCAAAAAUUAACCCGUUCUACUACCUAGCUUUCAUUUAAAAUUAUGUGGGACACCUAAUUAUGUACGAAAUUAACCAAUUCAACGAUAAUCAGUGAUUAUAAGAAUAAUUAUCCCAUUUAUUACAACAUAAUUUCUGAUUUUAUUGUUAUUAGUCACCUGAAUCAUCAAUAAAAAAACUCUAAAAUAAAAGAGGUAUCAUAAAGUAUUCUCAUUGUUUCGAAUCGAUAUCGUGUUUAAAAAAAAAGGAGUAAGAUAUUUGUGAUAUGACACAGCAAAUCCAUGAAAGUUUUUAUUUUUCUGCGAAGUGAUGAAUUCGAAGUGUGUUAGUUUGAAUGUAUUUAGAUCUAAAUUGAACGACGAUGUUACCCCAAAUCAUAGACGAUAUCAUCGAGUUCAAUGGUGAUAUAAGAGUAAAAGGUUCAUACAGAAUAUGGCAACCCCUUAUGAUAAUGCUCAUUUAUGUUCUGGCUGUGACAAAAUUAGGACCUUGGUUCAUGAAAAAGAAAAAACCUUACAACAUCAAGCAUUUUAUUAUGACUUUUGAUGCCAUUCAAGUGAUUGCAAAUUUUUAUUUCAUGCAUCAGGUUAUUUCGGUGGUAAUGAGGAUGACUGGAUCCUACUUUUGCCUCGAUCUGGAUUCAUCUGACAGUGACCUUGCAAGAUAUAGCCUCUUUCUGACCAAGUUUUACUAUUGGUUGAAAAUAUCUGAUCUGCUAGAUACUGUCUUCUUUGUAUUGAAGAAAAGUUGGCGACAAGUGAGUUACCUACAUUUGUACCACCAUACAAUUAUGGUAUUUCUGUCUUGGUUGGCCAUCAAAAUGGCACCAGGUGGGCAUUGUGCUUACUUUGGACUAGCCAAUUCCUUCACCCAUACUGUCAUGUACAGCUACUAUCUUUUAACAGCAUACGAUCCUAGUUACAAAACUAAUAUCUCUGUCAAGAAAUUCGUUACGCAAUUACAAUUGGUGCAAUUUGUUUUCGUGUUCAUCAUGUACCUUCCAACUUUAAGCAGAUCAUGUCCGUUGCCAUCUAUAAUUGGCUUGGCAGCUGUUACUCAAGCUUGCUAUUUCUUUUAUCUUUUCGGAAUGUUCUACUACAAUAACUAUGUCAAAACGAACAAAGAUGAAGAACAGAAAGGAAUGAAGACCAGAUAAUGGAACUGUUCAUUUGUUUCAUAAUUUACGAGAAGUGAUUCUAGCUGCAGUGUUAGUCUUUUAAUUAUUUUACCGAACUGAUAUUCUGAAUCUCCAUCAUUCUGUCGACUCGAAAUAUUUUUGUUCGUUUUAUUUAGAUGUAAAAUAUUUCAAUACCUGUACUAUCUGUUAAUUUUUUCGAGACUUUUUAUGGGAGAUUCGAUGAAAGUAGGUAGAUUAAAAGGAUAACAGGGAUAUCUAAUUUUUGUUUCCAUUCAAUGAUUAUAUUUUAUUGUACAUUUUUUUGAAUUAUAAGAUAUCUAGUAUAACAUCUUUGUAAUUACUCUUCAAUAAACUGUGUUUUUUA